AUGAACCAGCAGCCGCCGCCGCCGCCGACGGAAGCGGCGCCGGAAAAGGCGCAACAGAGAUCCUCCUCCGUGGGCGGGUCCCCAGCGUGCGCGGCUUGCAAAUACCAGCGCAGAAAAUGCGCACCGGACUGCCCCCUCGCCCCGCACUUCCCUCCCAGCCGCCACAAGGAGUUCCACAACGCCCACAAACUGUUCGGGGUCAGCAACAUGCUGAAGAUCACAAGGGAGCUCAGCCCCGGCCGCCGAUCCCUCGCGAUGAAGACCAUCAUCCACCAGGCCAACGUCCGAGCCCUCGACCCCGUCGGCGGUUGCUACCACGUCAUCCUCGGGCUUCAGCACCAGAUCAAAUCGAUGGAGGCCGAGCUCGACCUCGUCCUUCGCCAGCUCGCCUAUUGCCAAGCACAUGCCGCUGCCGCGUUCGCUCCUAAUGGACCUGAUGACGACGAGGUUAUUGGUCUACAGUCCUUGCGAGAAGAGAAAUCGUGUUUGGAUCGGGAUGCGUACAAGGUGUUAGAUGAUUUGUCUGUGAAGAUUGAGAACCACGACGCGGAGUCGUUGAGUUGUACUGCGGCUCCUGGACACGGUAAGGCAGCCUCCGCGCUGUUACAAGAGCACCACUAUCUUCAAUUCAAGCCAACGUACGUUGAUUCCCGCAGAGUCUGA